AUGAAGUCUAUCCUCGUGGUUGGCGGCACUGGCGCCCAAGGUGGAGCAGUAGUCCGCUAUCUCUGCUCGACGGGCCGGUACCGGAUUUUGCUUUUCACUCGGGAUGUGGAAUCGAAACACAGCACAGAUCUGAUCAAGCUAGGCAAUGUGGAGGGCGUCAAGAAUGGGGCAGAUCAUGGCUACGACAUUGGGGCUUACGAGCAAGCCUUGCAGCAAGUGGAUGGUGUCUUCAUCAACACCGAUGGAUUCGCCCUUGGUGAGCAAGCGGAGACCUAUUGGGGCAUCCGGCUGUUUGAGGCCGCUGUCAAAGCUGGCGUUCCGCACGUUGUCUACAGUGGACUCGAAAACAGCUGGCGGGAAUCCGGCUAUGAUCCAGCACUAUACGUUGGCCAUUAUCAGGGUAAAGCUAGGGUACAGGACUUCAUCAAAGCACAACCACCCUCGAAGACCAAAUGGUCUGUUGUGCGCUCCGGUCCUUACAUUGAAAUGCUUGGCGAAGCACUGGUCCCAAGUGUUGAUAUCAACGGCACGUACUCAUUCAACCUCCCGCUUGACGAUGGUGCUAUCCCCUUCAUCUACUUGGAGGACUUCGGCCGCUACAUUGAUUGGAUUUUCAGCCACCCUGAAGAAGCUGCCAAUCUCGAUCUGGCAGUAUCAACCACCCACGCGACAGGUGAAGAUAUUGCGCUGGCCUUCACUGCUGUGACUGGUAAGAAGGCUAUAUACAGCAACAUCCCAGCAUCGAUAUGGUCGUCCAUCGCAUUCGAGUCGCUACCAGAUGGGCAAGAUACCAAGUUGGGCUAUAAUACCCUGAACCCAAGCGGGCUAAAUCAGACGUACGCUGAGAAUUUUGGCAAUUGGUGGAACCUCUACAAAGCCAGUGCUGACAACACCGGGCUUAUCAAGAAAGAUUAUGCUUUGCUGGACCAGCUAUUACCUGGUCGGGUGAAGUCUGUAAAAGAGUGGAUGGUCAGGGCGAACUAUACCGGCGAGCGGGUCCGUCUUCUCAAGAUGGCGGUAACGAAUUCGACGUAA